AUGUGUCACACAAACGAGACUAUUACCAUUCCAAAUAUUUUCCCCUCUUUUUUUUUCAAAAGGCGUGCCCCAACAGGAUUUUAUGAUCGUCCACAAGAUUUUGAAAAAUUUCUUUAUUUGGCUCAAUUACAAGAAUGGGAAGAUGAUUGUAUUAAUCCAAGAGGAAAAUUACUAGAUAAUUUGGGAAAGGCUGGAGAUGUUAACGCUGAACAUUUGGCUUUGUUGCUAGUAAAUGGGGUUGAUGUAAGGGAAUAUGAAAGUUCUGGAAUUAUGAAGGGAUUGAGAGAUCGGUUGGUUAAACUUGGUGUGGAAUAUGUAGAGGUGAAACCUGAGGAGGUGGUGGAAAAGGAGGAAUCUGAAGGCAAAAAUAAAAAUAAGGUGAAGAAUGAAGGGAAGAUUCUUCCAGUACUUAAUGGAGAGAAGACGCCAAUAUUGAAGCCGAAGGCUGUAGAGAAAAAUGGAAAGAAGGAUAAAAUUGAAAAGAAGCUUAUUCCAACACUGAAUAUUGAUCCAAAAGAAUUUGAUUAUCGUCGUGAUUUUCGAAAAGAAGUUGUUGUUACAAUCGAUCCAUUAACAGCAAGAGAUUUGGACGAUGCUUUACAUAUAAAAAGAAUAAAAGGAGAAAAUGGAGAAGAUUGUUGGGAAGUUGGAGUACAUAUUGCUGAUGUUGCUUAUUUUCUUCCAAUUGAUACUGAAGUUAAUGGAUGGGCACGUAGUAGAGGAACAACUGUGUAUCUUGUGCAUAAGGCAAUUCCAAUGCUUCCAUCAGAUCUUUGUGAACAUUUAUGUUCUUUAAAUCCUGGUGUUGAAAGGCUAACCUUUUCCAUUGUUUGGACUAUGGAUGAUGAAGCAAAUAUACUUUCUACUUGGUUUGGACGUUCUGUAAUUAAAUCUUGUUCUAAAUUGUCGUAUGAACAUGCUCAGGUUUUUAAAUAAUUUAUUUAUGGGAUGAGUAUUCCAAAUUCCUUCUAUAAUGGAGGUUUUAAGUUUGUUUGAGCUAGAGGUCAGUCGGAAACAGAAUUUCUCAAAUUUUGAUUUAAUGAUCAGUUAUUGUUCAGUUAUUAAUGUUUGUGAAGCUUUUAUCGUUUUCGGCCGAUCUCUGUUUAAACUAGAAUUUGAAACAGGGCAAGGAUCAUGUUUUCGGAAACCUCAAACUAUAACCAAUUUG